GCUUUCAGGGCUGAUUUGGAAGAGAAGAAAAAGAGAAGGCAGCUGUGAUCUCUUCUAUUCCACCAGAGUAAGACGGGAGGAAGAAGCCAACAUGUCCAAUGCUUCUGCUGAGGAGAAAGUCCAGCAAACAGGGUUUACCAGAACCUGAUGAGACUCACCACUCAGAGGAGCAUCGAGGAUGCCGAGGAGCUGGAGAGAGAGCGGCGUCGGCGGGCACGAGAGUCCUCACAGCAAAGGAACGGGGACUCCACACCUGGAGAGUCAUCCCCAGAGACCGACGUGGCAGCAGAGCAGAACAUGUAUGACAGCGACCUGAAACCGAGCGGUUUUCCUUCUUUGGAGGAGGACGAAGGCUUCAGCGACUGGACUCAGCGCAGAGAGAGACGGAGACAACAACGCCUGCAGGAGCUCAGCCAGGGCGGUGAGGAGGAGGAAGACGAGGAGGAGGACUUGAUGAACAAAUCUGUGCCCAUAAAGACCACACAGGACCCUGGGAUGUCCUCGAGCCGACUCCUGACAAAAAGGCAGGAGGAGUUUGACAGAGCCAGAGUGGAGAUGCAGAAUAGGAAAGAGCGAGAGGCGGAGGCGAGGAAGGAGGAAGAGAGCGAAGAAGAACAAAGGAGGAAGGAUGUACUGUUACCUGUCAGGAAGGAGAAGGUUCAAAGGCAGAACACAGAGGUGGAGAAAGGGAAAGAAGUUAAAGUCUCCUACACAUCAAAGAUUUUCCUUCGCCAAGAGCCAAAACACAGCAGCUUCAAUGGCGACGGUGCUACAGAGGAAGUGACAUCAUACAUCAACAAGAAAAACGGAUCCAGCAGAGCUGUGGAGCGGGAGGAGGCAGAAGUCAUCCUGGAGACGGAGCAGCGGUUGGAGAAGAUCCGUCGGAGCCUUCAGGAGAAGGAGAGCCAGGAGCUGGAACAGCUGAAACACCGGCAGGCUGAGACCGAGCAGGAGCUGGAGGAGCUGAAGAGGAGGAGGGAGGAGAGACGCAGAGUCCGGGAAGAAGAGGAGCGCCGGAGGGAAGAAGAGGAGCACCAGAGACUGGUCAAAGAGGAGGAGGAGAGGAGACGGAUGAAAGAAGACAUUGAGAAGAGGAGGAUGGAGGCAGCGGAGAGGAUGAAGAGCCUAAGCUCAUCCAGCGUGGACGGAGAUGAGGCGUUCAGUCCCUUCAGCCCCAAAGUUUCCACACACAAGAUCACAGAGAGAACAGAAUCCCUGAACCGUUCGCUGAAGAAAAGUAACAGCUUUAAGAAGACGCAACCUUUUGUGAUGCUGUCCAAGAUUGAUGACAAGAUGGAGCAGUACGCCCACGCUGUGGAGAACUCUCAGGAACCAAGGGCAGUGAAGGCAUCUCUGAAUGAUCUGCCCACCUCGCCGGAGGUUGUUGCCUCCAAGAAAAACCUGUUUGAGGCUGGAGAGGCUUGGAGCCAGAGUCCAAGCAGGGGAGCCACCUGCAAGGACACUGAGGGUCUGAAGGUGGGCGUGGCCAGUCUAAUCACGCAGUGGGUGAAAGGCCCCUCAGAUGGCAGCAGCAGACCAUCAUCAUGCAGAUUUGCCGAUGUGAAGUCUGGAGAUGUGAUGCAGAAGAAGAGCAUGUGGGAGAUCUUUGGAGACUCAUCAGGGACGCAGGAAGGAGCCAAGAGUCCAGCUGCUGGUAAAAAGUACAAGUUUGUUGUGACUGGUCACGGCAAAUAUGAGAAGAUUCCUGUGGAUGAUCAGAAUGGAGGAGAAUUCAACAGAAGGCCUGAUUUAUGUCACAGUGAUUACUGAGAUGGUGUCCUUUCUUCAGUUUCCAUCUUCAUCUCACUACAACAUCUGGACAACAAUUGCAGUCUCAGUAAUCUGAUUACACUUUAUCCCAUAAAUUACCUUUUUUGACUCUCCCACCUGAACACAAACAAUCCAAAUGAUCAAGUCUAAAAUAUUUGAUGAUUAAAUGUUUAUUUUUCUCAGAUUUUCUGUUUUUUUUUUUUUUUUUUUCUUUUUGUUGUUUAACAGCCUUUUGUAUCUAGUAUUAUGUACAUACUGUGAGCUUUACCAUUUCUAUUUUUCACCACAGUGUUUUCCAGUAAACUAUUUCAGACAUCUAGGUAAUCUUUGUAUGGGGGUACUUUGAGAAACUUGUUUGACCAGAAGGAGUCUAAGUACGAAAUGUUCACAUCUUCCACAUGAUUUUAUUUCAUCUGUUCUACACUUACAUGUUGGUUAAACAACAAUCUGAAAAAUGGGGCUUGGAAGCGACAAAUAUAGAUAAACUGUAAAUAGUGCGUUUUUAUUACACUGAUGAGGUGACUGAUGAUAUUGUACUUUUGUGCAGUUUAAGUAUUUACCCAAAUUUGACUUAGUGGCUUAGUGUAAUUAAAUUGAUUUAUUUGGAAAAUAGCUGCAUUACAAUUAAUUGGAUUGAACUGGACUGUAUCUUUAAAAGUGCCUUUCGAUUACUUUGUCAUUGCCCUCUCUGACACCUUCAUCUCUGUUUCUGUACCACAGCAAACACAUUUUACCCAUCUGAUGUGUGUAUAACCAUUUUUCUUGAAUAAAUUAAAGUCUUUUUCUCUU